AUGACGAAGCAGUUUCAGAGAUUGAAGACGGUGCUCAAAAGGUGCAAGAGCCGAUUAUCAUUACAUCGACAGCGACCGGCGCUGUACUCGGAACGAUGGCAUCCUAAUCUGGGGAUAUCGAGCCUACCGCCCGCUGUUGCAAGUGUGGAAACUCCAGGACAGAAGGACUCAUCUCAAUCCUCCUCAGGCYUCCUCUCGUUACCCGGCGAAGUCAGGAAUCAAAUAUAUGAGAUGCUCCUCCUGUCAGAGGAUUGUAUUUUCAUCGAAAAGUUGAGGAAGAAGGGGUUUCCCUCUUCAAUGCAAGUCAACCGUCUGAUUCGAGAAGAAGCCUCUUCGUUCUAUUUCCUCGAAAAUGAGUUCGCAAUGAAAAGGAAACACAAGAACCGCUUAAAACACAAAUGUUUUCUGAUGGAAGCAUUUCUAACGCGUACUGGUGCAAGCAAGUAUAACAAGUACCUCCGGGUGGAUUGGUACCUCCAUAACCAGCCGUGGUAUGCCAUCUAUUGGCCAUCACGCUGGGAGCGAUUGCUUGAAGAUGCAUGUAUGGAAUGGGUGGGCAUGUUGUCCAAGUCCACGAGUCAAGCGGUCAUGCCCUUCAACAUCUCGAAAAGGGCGUUCAAGUUCUGGGCGACUCUGAUUGUCGCCGGUGAACCAUGGAGACGUGCGUUGUCGAAAGUGCGCUUUCUCCAGUGGGUUAUGGAUGAGCAAAUGGAUUGCAUAUGGACUUUGGGCUGGGUACAAGUGAGCGAUGUGCCAUUUCGCAACUUCAUUGAUGUACGAUUGGCCUCGCCUUCCUCAACACCGACAUGGCUACAGCAAUUCGAGGACAAAUUCCCGUCAAGACAACAUAUGCCUGUGCUUUGGGAAUAUCAUCCCAAGGCACCGGAUCGUGCGGAUGAAUGA